GACAUCCACACUUCUUCAAUCAGCUAUCAUGUGGAUUGGAUAUCGUCUCCAUGGCUGGCGAAUGGUUGACUGCAACUGCCAAUACGAACAUGUUCACAUACGAAAUUGCUCCCGUUUUCAUAUUAAUGGAGAAUGUGGUACUAUCGAAAAUGCGUCAAAUCAUUGGCUGGGAAGGCGGUGACUCAAUAUUGGCACCAGGCGGUUCGAUCUCCAACUUGUAUGCCUUCUUGGCCGCGCGUCACAAAAUGUUCCCCAACUACAAGGAGCACGGAGCCGCCGGCCUGCCCGGACAACUGGUGAUGUUCACCUCUGAUCAAUGUCACUAUUCGGUGAAGUCUUGCGCUGCCGUAUGCGGUCUCGGCACAGAUCACUGUGUGAUGGUGCCCUCCGAUGAGCAUGGCAAGAUGAUCAUCCCGGAAUUGGAGCGUUUAAUAUUGGAGCGAAAGGCCAAGGGUCACAUUCCAUUCUUCGUAAACGCCACCGCCGGUACCACAGUAUUGGGUGCCUUCGACAACAUCAACCAGAUUGCAGAUAUUUGCCAAAAGUACAACUGCUGGUUACACAUUGAUGCCGCUUGGGGUGGUGGUCUGCUCUUGUCGCGCAAAUAUCGUCAUCCCCGACUCUCUGGGAUUGAGAG